AUCGGAAAUAUUUUUGCUUCUUGUAGAAAAUAAAAAUCUUCUUCUGGUGAGCUGCGGCCUUUGUGUGGCCUCGCGUUCCUCGUUAUCUCUUCUUCUUCGUCUCACUUCUCUCUCUACACCCAUUCUCUCUCUCUCUCAAGCUCUCCACUCGAAUCCCUGUUAGCUUCUUCGUUUUCGUCGUCGAUCGACCUUUUGAUUCGAAUCUGUUGUUGAGGUUCUUAAAUUCUUCGUCUCAAUCGAUGAAUCGGUGAGGAAUUCGCGGUUUCUCGCUUCGGAUUGAUCGGGAGAGAGGUAUCAAACUGAUCGAACCCUCGCGUUUCGAUGAGAUUUUUCGUUACGCGAAUCGAGGCGGGAGAUGGCUUCUUCCCCGUCGAUAUCAGUGUUUGUGGAGUCCGUGAAUCGGUGCAAGCUUCCUAAAGGGGAAGGAAGCGGGGGGCGCUACGAAUGCAGUGUGCUAUCGUGCGCUUGGAAGGCACCGAGGGCUCUCACAGGCUCCCUCGCGAGCACCGCUCACUGUUCCUCGCACCACCAUGACAGCCCCGCCAGGGGGCGGCGGAGUUGGCGGCGGAGCUCGUUGUCGCAGGGGUUCCCGGUUGCAUGGGGAACCGAAGAGCUCAACAAUAGAAAGUUGAGCCAUAGAGAAACUGCUGAUGUUCUGUCUCGAAGGGUCACGUUUAUCUCUGACAAAACAUGGACACUCUGUUGCUCUUCUUCAUACUCAGAACCCUUUGAUACCGUUUCUCCGGAAUCAUUAUGGGAGUAUCUGAAACCAGCCAUCUCUUAUCUUGCACCAGAGGAGUUGAAACUAGUUAAUGAUGCUUUAAAGCUGGCAUUUGAAGCCCAUAAUGGUCAAAAACGGCGUAGCGGAGAACCCUUUAUAAUUCAUCCUGUUGAAGUUGCCCGCAUUCUUGCAGAACAUGAACUUGAUUGGGAAUCAAUUGCUGCUGGUUUGUUACAUGACACUGUUGAAGAUACUGAUAAGGUUACAUUUGAAAGAAUAGAAAGGGAGUUUGGUGCAACUGUUCGUCGUAUUGUUGAGGGAGAGACGAAGGUGUCGAAGUUGGGAAAGCUUCAGUGCAAGAAUGCUAACAAUUCAGUACAAGAUGUGAAGGCUGAUGAUCUAAGACAAAUGUUUCUUGCCAUGACGGAGGAGGUUCGCGUUAUUAUUGUCAAAUUGGCUGACAGAUUACAUAAUAUGCGUACUCUGUCACAUAUGCCUCACCACAAACAGUCAAGCAUUGCAAAGGAAACACAACAGGUCUUUGCACCUUUAGCGAAGCUUAUUGGAAUGUACCAAAUAAAGUCAGAACUGGAAUACCUGUCUUUCAUGUAUACAAAUCCUAGUGAUUUUGCUGAGCUCAAGAAAAGAGUUGAAGAUCUUUACAGAGAUCAUGAGAAAGAACUAGAAGAGGCAAAGAAUAUUUUGAGGCAAAGAAUUAAGGAGGAUCAGUUUCUGGAUCUUGUGACAGUGGAAACAGAAGUGCACUCUGUUUGUAAGGAACUGUACAGCAUUUAUAAAGCUGUGUUGAAAUCCAAAAGCUCAAUAAAUGAAGUUAACCAAAUUGCUCAGCUUCGCAUUAUUAUAAAGCCAAAAACCAGUGCUGGAGUUGGGCCUUUGUGUAAUGCACAUCAGAUCUGCUAUCACGUCCUUGGACUUGUUCAUAGUAUUUGGACUCCCAUUCCUCGAGCUAUGAAAGAUUAUAUUGCGACUCCAAAACCGAACGGCUAUCAAAGCCUUCAUACAACAGUGAUACCUUUUCUCUAUGAGACCAUGUUUCGCUUGGAAGUUCAGAUUAGAACAGAAGAUAUGAAUUUAAUAGCUGAAAGAGGCAUUGCAGCUCAUUACAGUGGAAGAGGAGUAUUUUCUGGUAAUGCGGGACAUGGAUUGUCAAAUGGGAGAAAUUCUAAAGGAAAGACAAUAUGUUUAAACAACAGUGACAUUGCUCUUAGGAUUGGCUGGCUCAAUGCAAUCCGAGAAUGGCAAGAGGAGUUUGUUGGGAACAUGAGUUCAAGGGAAUUUGUAGAUACAAUCAUGCGAGAUCUGUUAGGGAGCCGUGUCUUUGUGUUUACACCAAAAGGAGAGAUAAAAAAUCUACCUAAGGGAGCUACAGUUAUCGAUUAUGCUUAUCUGAUUCACACUGAAAUUGGAAACAAAAUGGUUGCGGCAAAAGUCAAUGGUAAUCUUGUCUCGCCGAUGCAUGUGCUAGCAAAUGCUGAAGUCGUAGAGAUCAUCACAUAUAAUGCAUUGUCAGGUAAAUCUGCUUUCCAGAAGCAUCAGCAGUGGUUGCAGCAUGCCAAAACCCGCAGCGCCAGGCACAAAAUCAUGAAAUUCUUGAGAGACCAAGCUGCACUUUCUGCUACGGAAAUAACUGCUGAUACAGUAAAUAAUUUCGUCGCCGAUCUUGAGGAUGAGAGUGACGGUGAGCAGAUGCUUCCCUUUAUGCCCAAGAAGGAAAGAAAACCCAUAUGGGAGAAAAGACUGUAUGUAGAAAAGCUUUCUUUUACAGAAAUGAAUCAUGAAGAUCUCGUGCAUGUCAAGAGUACUUUCAACACCCCGAAGAUUAAUGGGAAACACAAUAAGAGCAUACAAAAAGCGAGUCUAAAGGUUAACGGGAAUUCGGCUAUCCGGGGUGACGCGUUUGCCGAGUUCAUACACACCAACAUUCCUAUGUAUAAGGAGGUUUUACCCGGUUUAGAAAGCUGGAAAGCUGGUAAAAUUGCUGCAUGGCAUAACGUGGAGGGAAGUUCUGUUCAGUGGUUUUGUGUCGUAUGUAUUGAUCGGCGAGGUAUGAUGGCUGAGGUUACAUCAGCGUUAACGGCUUGUGGGAUUACAGUAUGUUCCUGUGUGGCAGAGAUUGACAGAAGAAAAGGAAUUGGUGUAAUGCUGUUUCACUUUCAGGGAACUUACGAUAAUUUGAUAAGUGCAUGCACAAGUGUGGACGUUGUCCUUGGCGUUCUUGGUUGGUCGUCUGGUUGUAGCUGGUCGAGUCCCUUGGAUGAUCAUAAUUUGCUCGAAUGUUAGGGGGUGAAACUGAAAAGUUCCGCCAAGCCAUGCAUCGGGCACUGCAGGGACAAACAGCAAUAGCGAUGAUAAUAGUUGUAAGUACUAAAUUUUGUACCUGAGGAAGUAGAGUUAUUAAUUUUAAAGUGUAGGAGAGUUCUCAAUUUGUUUGUUGAAGCUCUUAAAAUAAACCAGCAGCAGCUAAUUGAGCUAGUUGUGGAGAGAGGAGAGUGUACAUAGGUAAAGAGUAAAUAGGGUACUCGCGAAUAAUACAGAAGAAGCCAAUAUCGAUGUUAAUGUUGUGGGCGUAUUUCUUUUGAUUGGGUAGAAUUGGCUUUGUAGAAUAUAUUUUGCUACGCCUAGUUAUGAGUUACUAAUUUGUUUUGUACUGCGAAGAAUUUUUCUUUCUCCUUCUA